GCAUUUCUCCUAUCUGUGCUUACAUUCCUAACUAUAGGGUCUAAACUAUAAUUUACCCAACAGGAGAAGUUGACUCACCUUGUCUUUUCUUUUCUUCUCUUCUCUUCUGCCCCUAAUUCUUUUAGAGACUUCCACUUCGUGCCCUCUGCGCAUACCAUCAAGGUCGUUUCUGUAAGUCUACCAAAGAUGGGGCUAGCUUGGAGAUUGGUAUAAAUAAGGAGAGACCCUUCAAUUUCAUUCAACAAUCAAAUCAUCUCGAGAACUUACCAAACUAAGACCCUAACCCUCCCUUCCAAGGUCACAUACCCUUCAGACUCCUGCCUCUUCCAAGAGAGCAAACUCCUACAUCUUUGGCCAAGAAGAAACCUAAAAGAUGCAGGACCAAACUUUCCAGUACCAUUUCUUGAGAAGGACCUUGCAGUUUCUUAUCUCGGUCUCUUUAUUUUCUUUGUUUCUUUGCUUCUCUUCAGGCUUUUCUUUGUUUCCCAAACCCUUGAUUUUAUAUAUUAAUACUGGUGUAUUCUCAUUUCUUAGUCAUUACCUAGAGAGGAAGUAUAUGUUUCUGAUUUGUAAUGGAAUCCUUGCUAUUCUUGCUAAGAGUUCAGUUUCUUCUUCAGAAACUCCUGCUUCUGAUGACCAGUCUAAUCUUGGUGAUGAAAGGCAGUUAUCAUCAGCACCUACCUUAUCUUCUGCCAAAGCUGAGGCUACUGUUGAUGAUCAAGAAGUUCGUGAGGCAAGUGUUGAACCUCUAGAGGAUAUUGUUCUUGCAACUGAGGAGGAGGAGGAGGAGGAGGAGGAGACUACUUCAAGUCAAGCUUUGAUUAAAGAAGAAGAAGAGUACAUAGAAGAAAAAAGAGAGUGCUUGGUGAAACAAGAGGACGAAGAAGGAAACGAGGAGUUGGCAAGUACUGAAGAAUUGAACAGGAGAAUUGAGGAAUUUAUAAGGAAAAUGAAAGAAGAAAUAAGGAUUGAAGCUCAACAACAACUAAUUGCAGUGUAAUAUAUAUGCAUUUUUAGUUGUUUAAAGCUUUAGUCAUAGUUUUUCAUGGCAAAGCUUUCAUGUCCAUUAGCUUUUAGUCCUUGUCAAUGCUUCCCGAUCUCAAAUCCCUCCCUUUCACCAUGUAAAAGCUGUCACUUUCCUUGUAGUGUAAUAACUUGGCCUUGUACACUCAGCUGUGGUCCUAGUCUCUUCUUCUCCAAAUUAGCUAAUAAAUAAUGAGUCCAAUCUCUCUCUCUCU